CGCUGCGAAACAUUAUUAUUAUUGAACAUAUUUUACGUUUAGAUCGUUUAUUAUGUUGUAAUAAACCAGUUUUAUAAACCAGAAUACAAAUGUAUUGUUGUAAUCAAUUGAAUUUAAAAAAUAUUCUUUGAUUCGUGCUCAAGGUUCAUUGGAAUAUCGGAUAAAUUAUGUCAGGAAUGGCGCCAAUGCGUCGCCAUUUUUAUAAAACUUUAGCCAGUCCGUAAAUCGAGAAGGCUGUGGGGAGGAAGAAUUCUGAUAAAGGUCGCGUGCUCGACGGAAACUUGCACGAAAAACCAGCAAAACGCGUGAAUAAUGUGCUGGUCUGUGCAUCAGAGAGAGGGGAAUUGAGUUCGAUAUACAAACAUGCAAGCUGAGAGUAUCUGUGCCAAUGAUAUCGAGGGACUGGACGAAGACACUCUUAUACCAGUUGAAAUUUUAUCUUGCGAUGUCUCCCAACGUUCACGUUCUCAAGAUGCCUUAUCAAUAGUAGAAUUAGGAAAGCAAUUAUUACUUAGUGCAAAAAAUGGAGACACAGAGACUGUUCGUGAACUUAUGUGUAGAGGAGCACCCUUCACGACAGAUUGUCUUGGUACAAGUGCUUUGCAUUUGGCAGCACAAAAUAAUCAUACAGAAACCGCUGAAGUUUUACUCAGAGCAGGAAUAUCCAGAGAUGCAAGAACCAAGGUAGACAGAACACCACUGCAUAUGGCCGCUUAUGAAGGUCAUCAUCAGAUGGCACAGUUAUUGUUAAACUAUGGAGCUGAUGUUGAUAGUAGAGACAUGCUUAAGAUGACUCCUUUACAUUGGGCAGUAGAAAGGGAACAUAUAGAAGUGAUGCAUGUUUUAUUGGAACAUGGUGCAGAUGCAAAUGCAACUAGUAAAUUUGACAAGACACCAAUUAGCCUAGCUUUGGAACAUGAUAGACUUGACUUGGUGGACAUACUUCAGCAAGAACGAGAAAUUAUAGGAAUACAAGCCCAACAACAAAAUCAAGCUAGUUCUGCAGAAUUAGAAGUAGCAACUCACAAUUUAAUUCAAUUAGAAGCAGAAGCAGAAGCAGCAAAUGAAGAACAACAAAAACUAGAACUUGCUCAACAACAAUCACAAUCAAAACGUAAAAAUACCCAAGGUAAUAAAAAGCCAAGAAUGAUUCUUCAACAAAUUCAUGUACCACCAUCUACUGAAAUGGAACCAGAAAAAGAAAUGAAAGAUACAGAGGAAAUUAUUAAUACGAAUAAUGUUAACAAUAAUAAAAAACGUAAAGAUGUAACAACAAUGAGUGGAGUCAAUAAACAAUUCAGGUUAUUAGAAGCACAUGGAAUUACAAUGAUACCAAUGGAUGAUGAUGCGUCCAUUGUAGAGAAUGCAAUGGAAAGUGGAAGAACUGUUGUCCUUACAGAGGCUGGUAAACUUGCCUUAAACUUAACAAGAGGUUCUCCAUUAAGUAUGAAACGACUUCAAGUAACUUCAAGAAGAGGAACUCCAAGAAAAGUGAUAGCUAUACGAGCAGAUCAGAUUUUAAAUCAAAAUGCACCUAGCCUUACAUCCCGUGGCCCGAACAUAUUAAAAAGAUCUUCCGUAGAUAAUAAAGCUGGAAAAUUAUUUAUUUCUUCUCUUUCAACUGCUGUGACUGUUCCAACAUUAACGCAAUCUCAAUAUACAACAGCGUCAGAGAACAAAAUAGUCACUUCAUCUUCCAAGAUAACAGAACCAAUCAUUUUACAACUGGAUGAUGAUAUAGAAGAAGUCAUAGAAGAAGAUAAUACAGAUAAUAAUGAGCCAGUAAUGGAUAUAGCAGUGCUUAAUAGACAGUUAGCAGAAGCCCGAAGACAAGCCGCCGAAUAUCGCAAGCAAUUACAAAAAAAGGAGGAGGAAGCAGAAAUAUACAAACAGCAACUUAAAAACAUCGCAUCUCAAAGAAAAUCUAAAUAAUUUUAAAUAAGUAAAUUCUCUCCACAUGGUUUCAUCUUACAAUAAGCGCAAGCAUUUUUCUUUUUUUAUUACAAAUACUUAAUCGACGAAUUUUGUAGUAUUGCUGAAUUUUUUUUUAUAUACAAGUGAAGUUACAUAAACAACUGAUAACUUAUGCGAAUCUUACUAUCUACUCACAUAUUAUCUCUUAUAUACAACAAUUCAUAAUUCAAUACAUGAACUUAUAUUAAUUUAAUAUAUGCAUACUUUUGUAAAGGUGCAUUUAAAAUAAUUAAUGAUGAAGCUAGAUUGAAGAUGAAAAUAAUUUCUGUAAAAAAGAACUUACAUACGCAUAUUAACAUAGAAGUGCUUUCUACAUAAUGUCUCCUGAAUGUAAUAAAAAAAUCCUAAUCUUUUAAAUAUAGAAAAAUAUUAACUUACUAUAUUUUCCUAUAUAUUUGCCUUAGUAAAUAGAAUACAAGAUAAAAUAUUUAUUUAUUCUUUUUCUAUAUCAUACAAUAAUAAUCAUUUAUAAAUAGGAUUCAUUAAUAUAUUCUGCAGUAUAUAUAGAUAUAUGCAUACAAUUACAUAAACAAUACGAAUCCAUUCGACAUGAAUUAUAAGUUUAAUAUGAUAAAUGUACACAGAUGUACAGCAGGGUAUUUAUAAAUUUAAUGUAGCCAUCUAUUAAAGAUGUUUCUUUAAAUUUUUACCAUUUUACAUUAAGAGUACAAAAUGUAGAAAGCAAAUAAGCAAAUGGUUCAAGAUUUUUCAUGAAUGUAACAUAAAAGAUGUGUUUAUGAAAUAAAUUUAUAUUACAAAGAGA